UUGCCAGACAAGUAGACAACCACACACUCCCUUGUUGUGGAGAAGGAAAAAAGAAGAGAGAUAUAUCUGUCAAGGUAUAUAUAUGGACUAUCUUCCUGAACAUUAAACCUUGUCCGGUGAUGGAAUCCUCUGAGCCUCUCUCGGUGGAGAGCUUCUCGUACCGUUGGCUGGUGAAUUUGAAGCCAGCCCGUGAGAGCUUCGAUGGGUCGUCAGUCAGGACUUCACUCGACGUGUCGGAUGAAGCCUCUUUCAUUGAGAUGGAUCCGAGGAUGCCACCCUCCCGGAGAUUCUCACAGAAUAGAGGCAAUUCUGCUUCUCAGGAUUUCAAAUUUGACUUCCCGGGAGUGUCGCCAUCUUCUCCAGCUCUCGUUCAUGCGGAUGAGCUCUUCUCUGAUGGCUACAUGUUGCCCCUAUUUCUCGAGCAUUCAAAGAUGAAGGCAUAUGAACCAUCCAAUUCGACUCCAACUCAGCCUGGCUCGCUGAAACUCAUCAUGAGUAGUACAUCGUGUUCGCCUCCCUCCUCGAAGACUAGGUGCAGGAAAUUAUCAAAGAGGAUGUUUCGCAAGUACAUGGACUUUCUAAGGCCGUUGUACCGGAUUUUCCGAGCUGGAAGGUCGAGUUUCCGGGCGGAAUUUGGAGAUAAAAAAGGUCCUGGAAUAAGGAACUGGGUUUAUCCUGAAGAGGCUUCUUCUCCUAGGAUAAGCGAAGCAUGUUCAGCCAAUGAUUUGCGCAGGUCAUUUGAUUCGGAGAGCUCGAUUUACGAGGCAGUUCUCCAUUGCAAAAAAUCUUUCGGAAAAUUCGAUUGAAGGCUACAAUGAAGUGUUCCGCGGAGAUGAAGACGGGACGGCAAUUCGGGAGGACAUAAAAAGUGCGAAAGAACAGAAGACGAGUCACGAGAACAAGGGCAAGUCCAGAUACAAAAAACGUAUAGACAAACAUAGGAAAGGCAGGUGUCAAAGAAGAUCAAAUCGUGGAGCAAACUUUCCUUCUUGUCACAUUUGUCUCUGCUUUUCCAUAUGUGAUGAUCAUGUACAGAAACCGUCUGGUCGGCCAUAAAUAUAUCUCUCCCACACAGUGAGGAAAGAAAUGGAAUAUGUGUAUAUAUUUUCACUUUGUCAUUCUGAGAUUGGAAGAGAAUUUUUUUUGCCA